AUGGCAGCCCUUAAUCCACUAGAAACUACUACUGAUGGUUCAAGUUAUAGCACAAGUGGACAAACUCAGUCUCGCUGUCUUGUUCUCAGAAUGUUCAAAACUGUACAUCUCCAACGUCAUGACUCCUGGAACCUGAUUGCUAUAUUGAUGAUCAUAGUGGGAGGACUAAUAAUAGUUGCAGCUAUUGCUUGCUGUUUCGCAAAACUAAUAAGGUUUAGAGGAUUGGGAGUAACAGUUCCAUUACCUGAUGCGGGACUGAAAAUUGUCCAAGAUUAUAAGAUUGAUGUCCCAAUUAUACUGGAGAAAUUCCUCCAAGAUUUAGCCACGGAGAAGCCAAUUAGCUUCACAGCUGAGCAGCUAACUAGUUUCACAAGUAAUUACUCAACAAAGUUGGGUUGUGGAGGUUUUGGGGUAGUCUACAAAGGACAGUUUCCAAAUGGGGUGAAGAUCGCUGUGAAGAUCCUGAAUAGUAGUUCAUGUUUAAACAAGAAAAUGAAAGCUCAGUUUAUGACUGAGGUGGGCACCUUUAGCAGAACAGACCAUAUAAAUCUAGUCAAAUUAUACGGUUUCUGCUAUGAUCACACGAUGGCAGCGCUUGUAUACGAGUACAUGGAAAAGGGAUCCCUUGAUAAGUACUUGUUCACAGAAAAAGAAAAGAUUAAAUGGGAGAAGCUACACGACAUUGCCAUUGGUACAGCUAAAGGAAUCGCAUACUUGCAUGAAGAAUGCGGGCAACGAAUCAUCCACUACGACAUAAAACCUGGUAACAUUCUUCUCGACGCCAAACUCUCAGCUAAGGUAGCUGAUUUUGGACUUGCAAGGCUUUGUAAUCCUGACAACACCAAUGAUUCCACCUCAGAGUAUAGAGGAACCCCUGGUUAUUCAGCUCCAGAAUUUUACUUGAGGGAAUACCCCAUUACACAUAAAUGUGAUGUAUACAGCUUUGGAAUGCUACUAUUUGAGAUAGUUGGAAGAAGAAACAAUGUUCAGGAUUCUUCCUCUGAUAACCUGAAUUGGUUUCCAAAACAAGUUUGGGAAGAGUAUGCGAGAGGUGAACUAGCAGCAAUGAUAGAGAGCUGUGGAAUAGAAGAAAAACAGAGAGAGAAAGCAGAAAGAAUGUGCAUGGUUGCUUUGUGGUGUGCACAAGACUCUCCAGAGGAUAGACCUCCGAUGAGUGCUGUGGUUAAAAUGCUGGAAGGAGGAGUGGCGAUUGCUUCACCCCCAAAACCAUUUCUGUAUCUGGAUUCUAUUCGGAUGGAGGCACUGAAAUCGCCAUGCAAUUAUAAAUUUGUGAGCAAUAUUUCAUGUUCCCUUUUUGAUAUAAGCAAAGGAUCCGCUAGAGGAGUUGAUUCUUCUUGGUACAAAGGUUCCAGUACUCCCAUAGUCCCAUUAUGA